AUGUGUAACAUCCCUGCUGACACGAGCAUGAGUAAGCGGCUCAGCACAACAGCGUUACAUACCGGCUCAAGCCCCACAGCCUUAAUAGAUAAAAAGUCCACCAACUUUCAAUGCUCGUCCCAGCUAACGAUACAAGAAGCUGAGUCAAUGCAUAACGCCUCCGACAUGAGUGACACCGAUUCCGAACCUAUCAAUGUAGGUUUCCCGCUGAUCAACUCCCUUCCCUUCCCCUCGAUCAAAGCCGAACCCACCCUCGCAACACAACAGACUACCAACAAAGGUCCACAGCCGAAACAUGGCACGCCUCGUAUUACGAAGCUCACCCGCUGA